GAGGUCAGAGAAGGAGGGAGGUUCUUCGACCCAGGGCCACCCUGACGCCGAGGAGCACCCGGUCGAUGCUGGUACCCGCGGGCCUCAUCCUGCUCCUGCUGGCAGCAGGCAGCCGGUGCGAGGACACGGUGGCAGCCAACGUGGGCAGCCACACCAUGGCCCGCAUCGCCGACCUGCUGGCCCCGUCCGAGUGCCGCCGGCUCCGGCUGCUGUUGUCGGGCCUGGAUGACCUGGGGGAGCGGGAGCUGCAGCGCCUGUCCGAGGAGAACAACCGCAUCCCCCGCCGGCACCGCCGGGACCUGAGCGGUGCCGGGGGAUGCUCGGAAACCCUCCGGGGCUGGCUGGGGCGAGCGGGGGAGGCGCUGAGCUGGGACCGCCUGGCCCGCGGGCUCCGCCGCAUCGGGCGCCCCGACAUCGCCCGGGAGCUGGGGAAGAACCUGAACCAGGACCGGAGCCUGGAGCUGCUGCGGAACGUGGAGGGCUACGGCCGAGCCGCGGAGCGGGCCCGCUCCCGCCUCCUGCUGCGGGGCGAGCGGCGCCGCAGGGAGCGCGACCGGAGAGCCCCGAGCGCGGACUUCGGGGACCUGGUGGUGGAGAGGCGCCCGCCCCCCCCGUACACCCGCAGCCUCCUGGGCUGGGUCGUGCCCGUGGCCUCGGGCAUCCUCGGGGGGUUCCUGGUCUCCGUUGUCCUCACCGCGGCUGCCGCGUCCUCCUGCUGCUGGGUGCUGAGCUUGGACGCUACUUGAAGCGGGGAUGGAGCCCGAGCUGCAGCAUCUCCCGAAACAGGGGCCCAAUAAAGCUUCAUUAGGACCCAGACACCGACCCCGAGUGUUCCUCGGGGCAGGGAGGGUCCCAUCCUUGGCUUGGGUGCUGCUGGGGAUGGACGUCCACCGUCCACCAGCCACCGCCUCCGGCUGCGCUGGGGAUGCUCCUGGUUGUCCCUGGAUGCCAGAGAUGGAGCAGAGCU